GUGGUUUGUUCAUCAUGUCUUACGGCGGAUCAGGUUCAGGUUCUCGAGGUGAAUUCAGCGUUCAUUUCUCCAGCAGAGGUGGAGCAGGACUCAUCAGAGCUGAAGAGGCCGCAGGAAUCGCUUUACUGGCCGUGAUCCUCACAGCGCUGCUCAUCCUGGGCUGCUGGUAUUACCGUCGACGGGGCGGAUACAAGAUGAUCCGGAGCAGGAGAAACAGCGGUCAGUCGUGGAGAGAGAUGAUGAGAGCGGGUCAGUACAGCGAGUCUGGAUCAGGAGAGGAGAACAAACUAGCCUUGAACGAAUUCAGCAACCCGCAACCAGCGAUUCCAAACGCUCCUCCGGCCUAUGAUAAGAUCGCCUCCGGACCUUCACCUCCUCCUUACUCACCAUAAGACACAAACUAAG